UACGGAAAUGGACUUCGAUGACAGCCUCACUACAGAAAUACCAAUCGAGCAGCCACCCGAAGUUGAUAUUCCUGAAUCGUCUUCUUCAUCUUUGCCCAAUGGCAUCAUCCAAGCUUCAAAAGUGGAGGUCCUGCCAACAGCAACCUCUUUGGCUCCGGCAAUCAAUAAUGCACCACCUGAAGCCGAUAUGGAGUUGCUAGCUGUGCUUCUUAAAAACCCUGAGCUGGUGUUCGCCCUGACUUCCGGCCAGACGAGCAACAUGACCAGUCACCAAACAGUAGCCUUGCUGGAUAUGCUCAAGAAGAGCGGAGUUGGAUUUGCUCAAAGCUCUAGAGAAAUUCAAGAACCGACUUCGCUUCCAUCGCCAACCCCGCCCUCAGAGUCAAGGAGCGAAUGGAGAUCGGAGCCGUCACCGUUCACCAGAAAUCCACCUCAGCUACUGCAACCUCCUCAUGUGCCCGCCGUUGUCUUAACAAUGCCUCAGUUGACAGUAACAACAAACUUGAACCCUACUACUACACAGAAUCACACCUCAUGAAUCAUCAGGGCUUAUAAACAGCUUCCAGCUGCUACCAUGUAUGCUCAACAAAGCUCUAAUACAAGUGCAUAUCAUUCAUCUCUG